AUGCCCACCAACUUCACCGUGGUGCCUGUGGAGGCGCGGGCGGACGGCGGCCAGGAUGAGGGUCCCGAGCAGACCGAGGCGCCGGGCCCCCCCGAGGGCGGUGAGCCCAACUGCCCGAGCCCGGGAGAUGGAAACCCCGGGGAGAACAGCCCGUUCAUCGGCAGCGUGGAGGUGGACGGAGAGAACGCCUUCGAGAGGAAGAGCAUGGCGCUCUUCGAGGAGGAGAUGGACAGCAACCCCAUGGUGUCCUCGCUACUCAACAAGCUGGCCAACUACACCAACCUGAGCCAGGGCGUGGUAGAACACGAGGAGGCCGAGGACAGCCGGCGGCGCCAGGCCAAGAGCCCCCGCAUGGGCACCUUCAUCGGCGUCUACCUGCCCUGCCUGCAGAACAUCCUGGGGGUCAUCCUCUUCCUGCGCCUGACCUGGAUCGUGGGGGCAGCCGGCGUCCUGGAGUCCUUUCUCAUCGUGUCCGUGUGCUGCACCUGCACGAUGCUGACCGCAAUCUCCAUGAGUGCAAUCGCGACCAAUGGCGUGGUCCCAGCGGGCGGCUCCUACUACAUGAUAUCGCGGUCUCUGGGGCCGGAGUUCGGGGGGGCCGUGGGCCUCUGCUUCUACCUGGGCACCACGUUUGCGGGGGCCAUGUACAUUUUGGGAACCAUUGAAAUUUUUUUGACCUACAUCUCCCCCAGCGCGGCCAUCGUGCAGGCUGAGGGGCCGGGCGGCGAGGCCACAGCCAUGCUGCACAACAUGCGCCUGUACGGGACCUGCACACUGGCCCUCAUGGCCAUGGUGGUCUUCGUGGGUGUCAAGUACGUCAACAAGCUGGCCCUGGUGUUCCUGGCCUGCGUCGUGCUGUCCAUCCUUGCCAUCUACGCCGGCGUCGUCAAGACCGCCUUCGACCCGCCUGACAUCCCGAUCUGUCUGCUGGGGAACCGCACGCUGUCCCGACGUAGCUUCGACGUCUGUGCCAAAGUCCACGCCGCCAACAAUGGCUCAGCGACCACUGCGCUAUGGGGCCUCUUCUGCAACGGAUCCACGGCCGGCGUCUCCUGCGACCAGUACUUUGUCCAGAACAACCUCACGGAGAUCCAGGGCAUCCCCGGUGUGGUUAGCGGCGUCUUCCUGGAUAACCUGUGGAGUGCGUACGCGGACAAGGGGGUGUUUGUGGAGAAGAAGGGCGUGCCCUCAGUGCCCACGCUGGAGGAGGGUGGAGCCGGCGGGCUGCCCUAUGUGCUGACUGACAUCACGACCUACUUCACCAUGCUGGUCGGCAUCUACUUCCCCUCCGUGACCGGCAUCAUGGCGGGCUCUAACCGGUCCGGGGACCUCAAGGAUGCCCAGAAGUCCAUCCCCACUGGAACCAUUCUGGCCAUCGUGACCACGUCUUUCAUUUACCUUUCCUGCAUUGUGCUGUUUGGGGCUUGCAUUGAAGGCGUGAUCUUACGAGAUAAGUUCGGGGAGGCCCUGCAGGGGAACCUCGUCAUUGGCAUGCUGGCCUGGCCGUCCCCCUGGGUCAUCGUCAUUGGCUCCUUCUUCUCCACCUGUGGGGCCGGCCUGCAGAGCCUGACGGGGGCCCCACGCCUGCUGCAGGCCAUCGCCCGGGACGGCAUCAUCCCUUUCCUUCAGGUGUUUGGCCACGGGAAGGCCAACGGGGAGCCCACGUGGGCCCUGCUGCUCACGGCCCUCAUCUGCGAGACGGGCAUCCUCAUCGCCUCUCUGGACAGCGUGGCCCCCAUCCUCUCCAUGUUUUUCCUCAUGUGCUACAUGUUCGUGAACCUUGCCUGCGCCCUGCAGACCCUGUUGCGCACGCCCAACUGGCGCCCGCGCUUCAAGUAUUACCACUGGACCCUGUCCUUCCUGGGCAUGAGCCUGUGCUUCGCGCUCAUGUUCAUCUGCUCCUGGUACUACGCCCUCUGCGCCAUGCUCAUUGCCGGCUGCAUCUACAAGUACAUCGAGUACCGUGGGGCCGAGAAGGAGUGGGGUGACGGCAUCCGGGGGCUGUCGCUGAACGCCGCCCGCUACGCCCUGCUGCACGUGGAGCACGGCCCCCUCCACACCAAGAACUGGAGGCCGCAGGUGCUGGUGAUGGUGAACCUGGACGCCGAGCAGCAGGUGAAGCACCCCCGCCUGCUGUCCUUCACCUCGCAGCUCAAGGCCGGCAAGGGCCUGACCAUCGUGGGCUCCGUGCUAGAGGGCACCUUCCUGGACAAGCAUGUGGAGGCCCGGCGGGCCGAGGAGAACGUCCGGGCCCUGAUGGGCGCCGAGAAGGCCAAGGGCUUCUGCCAGCUGGUGGUGUCGUCCAACCUUCGGGACGGCAUGUCCCACCUGAUCCAGUCGGCUGGCCUGGGGGGCAUGAAGCACAACACGGUGCUCAUGGCCUGGCCCGAGGCCUGGAAGCGGGAGGACAGUCCUUUCUCGUGGAAGAACUUUGUUGACACUGUCCGUGACACCACAGCAGCGCAGCAGGCCCUGCUGGUGGCCAAGAACGUGGAUCUGUUUCCACAAAACCAGGAGCGCUUCAGCGACGGGCACAUCGACGUGUGGUGGAUCGUGCACGACGGGGGUCUGCUUAUGCUGUUGCCUUUCCUGCUGCGGCAGCACAAGGUGUGGAGGAGGUGCCAGAUGCGCAUCUUCACGGUGGCCCAGGUGCACGACAACAGCAUCCAGAUGAAGAAGGACUUGCAGACCUUCCUGUACCACCUCCGGAUCAGCGCCGAGGUGGAGGUGGUGGAGAUGGUCGAGAACGACAUCUCAGCCUUCACCUACGAGCGGACGCUGGUGAUGGAGCAGAGGUCGCAGAUGCUGAAGCAGAUGCAGCUGUCCAAGACGGAGCAGGAGCGGGAGGCUCAGCUAAUCCACGACAGGAACACCAUCUCCCACUCUGCCAUGGCCGCCAGGACCCAGGCCCCGUCCACGCUGGACAAGGUGCAGAUGACCUGGACGAAGGAGAAGCUGGUGGCCGAGAAGCACCGGAAUAAGGACGCCAGCGUGUCCGGGUUCAAGGAUCUCUUCAGCCUGAAGCCAGAAUGGGGAAACCUGGACCAGUCCAACGUGCGGAGGAUGCACACGGCCGUGAAGCUCAAUGGCGUCGUCCUUGACAAGUCCCAGGAUGCCCAGCUGGUCCUGCUCAACAUGCCAGGCCCCCCCAGAAACCGGCAGGGGGAUGAGAACUACAUGGAGUUCCUCGAGGUCCUGACUGAGGGGCUCAACAGGGUCCUCCUGGUUAGGGGCAGCGGCCGGGAGGUGGUCACCAUCUACUCCUAA